AUGUCGGGCAUCAAACCAACCCAAGAGGGAAUUGUCUACAAGACCGUUGGGGAACUCGCUAUCCCACUCGAUCUCUGGCUGCCAGACAAUGCCAAGAAUCUCCCGGUCCUGCUCUGGUUCCACGGUGGAGGACUACUCCAAGGCCGCCGAGAUACGCUCGCUCCAUGGAUGCGAAAAGCUUCGAAGAAUGGCGAUCUAGCUGUCAUAUCCGCGGACUAUCGCUUGGCUCCUCAAGCAAGCGUGCAAGAAAUCCUUGAAGACGUGCAAGGUUGCGUCAAGUUUAUCAGGACUCAGUUGAGCUCUCAGGUCGGGCAAGGAAUCCUCGAUACUUCUCGUCUGGCAGUAUCUGGCAGUUCAGCUGGCGGGUAUCUUGCUCUUCUGGCUGGAAUCUUUGUCGAGCCCAAGCCCAAUGUAGUCCUUCCUAUCUAUCCCAUCACGGAUCCACUCGGUUGGUUCUUUAUCACUCCACAGCCGCCGGCAAUGGGACGGCCGCUCGUUGCCCGUGAGGAGCUUGCUGAGUUUUUGGAUCCCAAGGCAGAGCAGGUGGCAUUUAAUGCGCCCGACAGCGGCCGUCAAAAUAUGUACAUCAGAAUGCAACACGAUGCCAAUCUAGCCAAGCUAUGGCAUGUCCCGGACGGCGAGGCGGCAAACAAGUUCCGGCUUUCAAGGCAGAUAUACGGGCUACGAUGUAGCCCAGCUUACUUUUUACAUGGCGAUGCAGACACGGCUGUGGGCGUUGAGCAGGCUGACGAGGUUGUUGGAGCCAUGUUAGGAUGCGGUAUUGAGGUCGAAUAUGAGCGCCCUCAUGGUAAGGACCAUUUCUUGGAUGUGGCACCAGACUAUGAGAACGAACGCUUCUGGGCGUUCAUGCGAAAGCACUUGUAG